AUGCCUGUUCAACAAGCGAUUAGUGUGGAUGAGAAAGGUGAGAGAAUUUUGAAAUUCCUGAAAAAAAUCCUGAGAAUAAUACGUUUCAAAAUUUUGUUUUAGUGAAAUUUGAAUUUUUUGGAAUAGUUGAUUCAUUGACUAUCGAAAAAAAUUAUUAAAUUAUUUCAGAAACUACAAAAUAGCUGGAAAAAUAUCAGAUUUAUAGAGGGGGUUUCAAAGAGAACUUUUUUGGCCCCUAGGGUCUUCUCAAAAGUUUCCUCGAGUUCCCGAAAGUUCCUAAAAGCUCUUUCGAGUUCCUGAAAGCGUCCUGAAUGUCUCCUAUGGCCUUCUAAACUAUGACAAGAAAACUCUGAACUCUUCCGAGUCCUCUGGGAUUAUUUUCCGAAAUUUCCUCUCAUUUUCCAGACACCGCCUCUUUUCUAAAAUACGAUGAUCGAAUUCAAGAAGGCGAUACAGUAAUCGUCUACGUAACCUACGGUCAAACUCUCUCAAUAAUCGUAAAACGCGGACAAACUUGUAUGAUGAAAUAUGGAGCAUUGAGACACGAAUUCAUAAUUGGAAAACGAUAUGGAUGUCGAUUAUCAGCAACAGCUGGAUAUGUUUAUAUUCUUCGACCAUCUUCUGAAUUAUGGACACGAUCGCUUCCAAGAAGAACACAGAUUUUGUACACCGCUGAUUGCGCGGUCAUUUUACAAUUAUUGGAUUGCAAACCGGGUUCGGUGAUUUGUGAAAGUGGAACUGGAAGUGGCUCAUUGUCACAUGCAAUUGCUAUGUCAAUUGCACCAAAUGGACAUUUAUAUACACAUGAUAUUGAUGAGACUAGAACUAAGAAAGUUGAACAGGAAUUUAGGGUAAGUUUGGGAGAAAAUUCGGGGGUUUUUUCAUUUAGAGCCUCUGAGGAUCCUUUCGUCUUAAAAAUAGUAAUUUUGCGGGGAAAAAUGAGUUGAACUUUCCCAAGAAAAUUCAAGUAGUAUUUUUGCGCUAAAAAUCCACGUGGCAUUCACAAAUCUUCAAAAAUUUUUGAAAUUCAAUAAUUUUUAGGUCAGAAAUUCCAAAAUUUCGAAUUUUCAUUCAAUUAAAAAAAUCCCCAGAAAAAUGUACGUUUCAAAAAUUUGAUUUCUUCUGAGAAUUUAGCAUUUCUCAAUGUGUAAAUUUUUAUAUGAAACUGAAAUUUUUCUCCCAAUUUUUUUGUCUAACUAAAAAAGUUGAACAGGAAUUUAGGGUAAGUUUGGGAGAAAAUUCGGGGGGUUUUUUCAUUUAGAGCCUCUGAGGAUCCUUUUGUCAUAAAAAUAGUAAUUUUUUCGGGGAAAAAUGAGUUGAGGGAACUUUCCCAAGAAAAUUUUAUUUUUUGCGCUGAGUGUGCGACAAAAUCCCAAAAAUAUUUGGAAUUCAAUAAUUUUUAGGUCACAAAUUCCAAAAUUUCGAAUUUUCAUUCAAUUAAAAAAUUGCCAGAAAAAUGUACGUUUCAAAAAUUUGAUUUCUUCUAAGAAUUUAGCAUUUCUCAAUUGAUGAAGAAUUUGUAAUGAAACUGAGUUUUCUCCCAAUUUUUUUUGAUCAGAAAAAUCGUUUUGAAACAGCCACGUCAUGACUCCUUUUGGAUUUUGAAAACUUCACCAACUUUUUCCAGGAACACGGUCUCUCCGAAAUCACCACCCCCGUCGUUCAAAACGUGUGCACCGACGGUUUUUUCGUCACCAACUCUUGCGAUGGUGUAUUCCUCGAUGUUCCUGCCCCAUGGGAAGCCAUCAAACAUGCGGCAAACGCGAUUUCUCGAUCAAGAGGCGGUCGACUUGUCUCAUUCAGUCCGUGCAUUGAACAAGUUCAACGAGCGUGUUUGGCGAUGAGAAAAUGUGGAUUUAUACAGAUUGAGACGAUUGAAGUUGUGCCAACUACGUAUAAGGUGAGAUUUAAUUUUUAAAAAUUUCAAAUUGAAAUUUAAAAAUCCCAAUUUCCAAAAAAAAAAUUAGGAAUAAUUUCAGAUUGUUAGCCAACAUCGUCAAACUCUCGCCGAUUUCGAAGAAGCUGGCGAUGCCUACCCAAAAACCGAAGAUUCUCGCCGAAAACGCAAACUCGAUGCUGAAAAUGGGGAAUCUCUCAGCUGCCAGGCUCCAAUCAGAAAAGGAACUUCCAUCGUUUUCCCAUAUCAACAACCAACUCAUACCGGAUAUUUGACACACGCCACUUUAAUGCCAGAAACACCCGAUUUAUAG